GCGGCUACACUGGAGACAUCUACUCCAAUUCCAAUUUGAAGAAUAAGAAUGAUCUUUUCGAAUAUAAGUUUGCAACUGGACAGUGGACAGAGUGGAAGACUGAGGGCAGAUUGCCAGUUGCAAGGUCCGCUCACGGCGCAACCGUGUACAGCGACAAGCUGUGGAUCUUUGCUGGAUACGACGGCAACGCACGGUUAAACGACAUGUGGACAAUUGGCCUACAGGACAGAGAGCUAACAUGUUGGGAAGAGAUUGAACAAAGUGGUGAAAUCCCUCCUUCGUGCUGUAAUUUCCCCGUGGCUGUUUGCAAAGACAAGAUGUUUGUGUUCUCUGGCCAGAGUGGAGCAAAGAUUACCAAUAAUCUCUUCCAGUUUGAAUUCAAGGAAAAAAUCUGGACACGGAUUCCCACGGAGCACUUGCUCCGCGGCUCCCCUCCUCCUCCGCAGCGCAGAUACGGCCACACGAUGGUGGCGUUUGACCGGCACCUCUACGUGUUUGGAGGAGCAGCGGACAACACGCUGCCCAACGAGCUGCACUGCUACGACGUGGACUCGCAGACCUGGGAAGUGAUCCAGCCCAGUCCGGACAGCGAGCUACCCAGUGGGAGGCUCUUCCAUGCUGCGGCCGUCAUCUCCGAUGCCAUGUACAUCUUCGGCGGGACCGUGGACAAUAACAUUAGAAGUGGCGAGAUGUACAGGUUCCAGUUUUCUUGUUAUCCAAAGUGCACACUACAUGAGGAUUAUGGAAGGCUGUGGGAAAACAGGCAAUUCAGUGACUUGGAGUUUGUUCUGGGAGAGAAGGAAGAACGAGUCCGGGGACAUGCUGCAAUCGUUACUGCCCGCUGCAAGUGGCUGAGGAAGAAAAUCAUACAGGCAAGGGAGAGACUGAAACAGAAGUCAAAGCAAGAUAUUGAAGACGAGGGACAGGCGGCGUGUCAGAAGGAUGGGAUUGGUGGCAGUGUCAAGCUGUGCCGCCUGCAGCCUCUCCUGGAGGUGCCCAUCCGCGAGGCCGAAGCUCAGCCCUUCGAGGUGCUCAUGCAGUUUCUGUACACGGAUAAAAUAAAAUACCCCCGCAAAGGCCAUGUGCAGGAUGUGUUACUUAUUAUGGAUGUAUACAAACUAGCCUUAAACUUCAAGCUCUCUCGACUGGAACAGCUCUGCCUGCAGUAUAUCGAAGCAUCUGUAGAUCUGCAGAAUGUGCUCGUUGUGUGUGAAAAUGCUAACAAGCUUCAGCUGGAUCAGCUAAAGGAACAUUGCCUGAACUUUGUGGUGAAAGAAUCACACUUUAACCAGGUAAUAAUGAUGAAGGAGUUUGAACAUCUUUCCUCAUCCCUCAUAGUGGAGAUUGUGCGGAGAAAACAGCAGCCUCCUGUUCGAAUGCAUUCCGAUCAGCCGCUUGACAUUGGAACAUCUUUAAUUCAGGACAUGAAGGCUUACCUGGAAGGAGCUGGGACUGAGUUCUGUGAUAUCAUCCUUCUCUUGGACGGGCACCCACGGCCAGCCCACAAAGCCAUCCUAGCAGCCCGCUCCAGUUACUUUGAAGCCAUGUUCCGUUCCUUCAUGCCAGAAGAUGGGCAAGUAAAUAUAUCCAUAGGCGAAAUGGUUCCCAGCAAGCAAGCGUUUGAGUCUAUGCUUAGAUAUAUCUAUUACGGAGAAGUCAACAUGCCUCCUGAGGAUUCCCUCUACCUCUUCGCUGCACCUUACUAUUAUGGUUUCUCCAACAACAGACUGCAAGCCUAUUGUAAGCAGAAUCUAGAAAUGAAUGUCACGGUGGAAAAUGUACUCCAGAUUUUGGAGGCAGCUGACAAGACCCAGGCCCUGGACAUGAAGAGGCACUGCCUGCACAUCAUCGUUCACCAGUUCACCAAGGUCUCCAAGUUGCCAAAUCUCCGCUCCCUGAGUCAGCCGCUCCUCCUUGACAUCAUAGAAUCGUUAGCUAAUCACAUAUCAGACAAGCAGUGCGCGGAGCUGGGCUCAGACAUAUGACGUGCUUGGGUAAUCCAAAUAUUUCCUUUAUUCCUCAAAAAAAAAAGCUAG